AUGAUGUUCCAUUGUGGGACUAGAUUAUGAGUGCCAACAAGAAUACCCGCUACAAUCGUUUCUCCAGCAGUAACACUCCAACAGUAACACUCCCAGAAAACACAAACGGGACAAGAAUGGAAACUACUUUUGGACCUACGUACUCCGCUGUGACCACCAUCACCAAAGCAGAUGGAAGUAGUUCAUACAAACAACAUCGCCCGACACCCUCCUCCUCAAGUACACUCCCCUAUCCCUCCCGAGACGAGGAUGACGGCAUGCCGCCGAUCACCCGUCGGUCUGACUCUGCCAUCUCCGUUCGCUCGUUGCACUCCGAGUCCAACAUGUCCCUGCGCUCAACGUUCUCUCUCCAUGAGGAAGAGGAGGAGCCAGAGCCUCUGGUGUUUGCCGAGCAGCCUUCUGUGAAACUCUGUUGCCAGUUGUGUUGCAGUGUGUUUAAAGAUCCCGUGAUCACGACUUGUGGGCACACAUUUUGCAGGAGAUGUGCCUUAACCUCUGAGAAGUGCCCGGUGGACAAUGCCAAACUGACGGUGGUGGUCAACAACAUUGCAGUGGCUGAACAAAUUGGGGAGCUCUUCAUUCACUGCAAGUACGGCUGCCGGUCCAGCGCGAGUGGCAAGACUUCAGCCUUUGAGGUGGACCCCCAUGGGUGCCCCUUCACCAUUAAACUGAGUGCCAGGAAGGACCAUGAAGGCAGCUGUGACUACCGGCCAGUGCGCUGCCCCAACAAUCCCAAUUGCCCUCCAUUGCUCAAGAUGAACCUGGAGGCACAUCUGAAGGAGUGUGAGCACAUCAAGUGCCCUCACUCCAAAUACGGGUGUACAUUCAUAGGAAACCAGGAUACAUACGAGACUCACCUGGAAAUGUGCAAAUUUGAAGGUCUGAAGGAGUUCCUCCAGCAAACGGAUGACCGCUUCCAUGAGAUGCAAGUGGCCAUGGCUCAGAAGGACCAGGAGAUUGCCUUCCUGCGCUCCAUGCUGGGCAAGCUCUCAGAGAAGAUAGACCAGCUGGAGAAGAAUUUGGAGCUGAAGUUUGAUGUGCUGGAUGAGAACCAGAGCAAGCUAAGUGAAGAUCUGAUGGAGUUCCGGCGAGAUGCCUCUAUGCUCAACGAUGAACUGUCUCAUAUCAAUGCCCGACUGAACAUGGGGAUUCUGGGCUCCUAUGACCCUCAGCAGAUUUUCAAGUGCAAAGGCACUUUCGUUGGCCACCAAGGCCCCGUCUGGUGCCUCUGUGUCUAUUCCAUCGGUGACUUGCUCUUCAGUGGCUCUUCCGACAAAACCAUCAAGGUCUGGGAUACCUGUACCACUUACAAGUGCCAAAAGACUCUGGAAGGCCACGAUGGGAUUGUCCUGGCACUCUGCAUCCAGGGGAACAAACUGUAUAGCGGCUCAGCUGAUUGCACCAUUAUUGUUUGGGAUAUUCAGACCUUGCAGAAGGUCAACACCAUCCGUGCACACGACAAUCCUGUGUGCACUCUUGUCUCCUCGCACAACAUGCUUUUCAGCGGCUCCCUGAAAGCUAUUAAGGUCUGGGACAUUGUUGGCACUGAGCUAAAACUGAAAAAGGAACUGACAGGCCUUAACCACUGGGUCCGGGCACUUGUGGCAUCCCAGAAUCACCUGUACAGCGGCUCCUACCAAACCAUUAAGAUCUGGGACAUCCGGAACCUAGAAUGUGUGCAUGUCCUACAGACGUCUGGGGGUAGCGUCUACUCCAUUGCGGUCACCAACCAUCACAUCGUCUGUGGCACUUACGAAAAUCUCAUUCACGUGUGGGAUAUUGAGUCAAAAGAGCAGGUUCGCACCCUCACGGGACACGUGGGCACUGUGUACGCUCUGGCAGUCAUCUCUACGCCGGACCAAACCAAAGUCUUCAGCGCCUCGUAUGAUCGGUCGUUGCGGGUAUGGAGUAUGGACAACAUGAUCUGCACCCAGACACUCCUGCGCCACCAGGGCAGCGUCACAGCACUGGCCGUCUCAAGGGGCCGCCUGUUCUCGGGGGCUGUCGACAGCACUGUCAAGGUUUGGACCUGCUAGGGAUGCUGCCCUCCGCUUUGGACACCACGCUGCCAAAUACACACGCCGGCUCACUCCGUACACUCCAAACACCCUCCAGAUGUGCUGUGUUCCUUCUUGGUGGGCCCUCCACUCCCCAGCAGCUGUGCAAGAGCUUUGGGCCACAUACCUCAGCACUGCCC